AUUAAAGAAACGUCACGUCACACGCCAGAAUUAAAUUCUAUUGUCAAGUUUCGUAAAAUUGUGGAAUAAAAUACUUUUAUUCAUUUAUAAUUCUAUACUUUAUAAUGUUAAAUUAAUAUUCUACAGACUAAAUAAUUUAUUGUAAAUGUGAUUUGUUUAAUUCUACCAACUAUGGGGUUGUAUAAGUGCUGUCAAAAUUAAACUUUGUUUUUGUUAGCGGGAUAGACGAAGGUGUGUUGAUAUUUAGUUAUUUUCGCUUGAACUUGAUGAGAUUACAACACGUCCAGUGCCAGCCAGCUGUGCAGUGACUAAACAUUCUAUUUUUUGUUCUGUUGUUGUGCUGAGACUCUGGUUGAAAAGCUUAAAGAUGUCCAAGGUGUCACUCAAUAAUAUUCCAUCGAAUCCUCGUAUAAACCGCCUUAGAACGUUUUCCAGGACUGAAAGCGAAACAUCCUGCGAAGAGGCAGCAAGACUGACCGCGGAAGGUGCCGGCGCGGAUGAAGAUGACGAUGCAUUUGACUAUGGGGCCCUACCUCCACCCCCAGAUGGAGGAUAUGGAUGGGUUGUCGUCUUCGCUUCUUUUAUGUGCAACUUGGUGGUGGACGGAAUUGCCUAUACCUUUGGAAUAUUUCUCCCAGAGUUGGUCACAUAUUUUGGCGAAGGGAAAGGAAAAGUUGCGUGGGUCGGCAGUUUACUGUCAGGAGUAUAUCUCGCUGCAGGUCCUGUUGUAUCGGCGCUAUGCAACAAAUUUGGCUGUCGGGCGGUGUGUAUCGCUGGCUCCUUGAUAGCCACAGUCGCUUUUGUACUUUCUACGUAUAGCAAAAGCGUUACUAUGAUGAUGCUCACGUAUGGACUCCUAGGAGGUAUAGGCUUCGGUAUGAUCUACCUGCCUUCAGUGGUGGCUGUGGGCUACUACUUCGAAACUCGACGGUCCCUGGCUACUGGUAUCGCUGUGUGCGGUUCCGGAGUGGGCACCUUCAGUUUCGCGCCACUUGCUUCAAUAUUGCUCAAUGAGUUCGGGUCGUGGCAGAAUGCGAAUUUGCUUUUGGCUGGACUGAUUUUGAACUGCGCCGUAUUCGGCGCGCUUAUGAGGCCGUUGGUUUAUCCCAAGUCUUCGGGUGAAAAGCCUUUACUACAACGUAUGGCCGAGGAGAAAAGACUGCAAAUGGAAAGGGGUUCAAUUGGGGGUUCAUAUUUUGUGGUACAGCUACCCGACGGUAGCAUGGAGAAAAGACUGAAGGCGCCGCUUAACGUGGACCCUGGCGUUCACUCGUCACUGAACUUGGAGGCGCUGGCGCGGGUCCCCACACUGCCCAAUAUGACGGGCGUGCCCACCGUGCCCACUCUACCCACCAUCACGGAGGUCCGCGUUGCUGAUGACAACGGAAACAACAAAAAGAAGAACGAGAACGGCACAGCCUCUGCAGGUACUGGCGCCGUCGGAGCUGUUGGCACGCAGAUGUCUCGAAACGUAUCGUCUCCAGCGUUCAGUUCGCAGGCGCCGGGACUGCCCAAGAACGGGUCCGUGCCGUUCUUCGACCGCCAGCGGAAACAAAGCACCGGAGAUAGGUCAGCCAAUGAUAGAUUCAAACCGUCCCUGGCUGCAAUUAGAGCCACGUCCAAAACUUCCAUGAAUAGUAAUCGUGCUCCUGAUGGUGAUACAGAAAGCAUGAUGACUUCAAAGUUGUCAGUAGCCGGCGGUGGCCGCGAAGCUCCGCGGAUGGUGCGGCCCAUGUCUCGCAAGGAUAUCUUCUACUCGGGCUCCGUGCUCAAUCUACCUCAAUAUCAGAGCCAGAAGUCGCUGCAAGGUUAUAGGAAUUCUGUUCUCAGUCUCCCCCAAAGCAGGCAGACUGGUGAUCUGGAGAGACAAGAACAGUAUGACUUGUGCCCAUGCCUGUCUCUGCCGGCAUCGUUUAAGUCCGCACUGAGUUCGAUGCUGGAUAUGACUCUGUUGCGAGACCCGGCUUUUAUGCUCAUUGGCGUCUCCAACAUCUUCGGUAUGGCUGGUCUCUACGUGCCCUUCGUAUACAUCGUUGAUGCUGCUAAGCUUAAUGGUGUAGAUCCAUCGCAAGCGUCGUUUUUGCUGUCCAUCAUUGGUAUAACAAACACUAUUGGACGUAUAGCGUGCGGUUGGGUCGCAGAUUUUCCCUGGAUGGAUUCACUCUUGCUCAAUAACUUGUGCCUCGUCAUUGCCACGAUAUCUGUCGCUGCAAUACCUUUCUGUACUUCGUAUGGCUGCUACAUAGCUGUAGCUAUUGCCUUUGGACUUGCGAUUUCCGGAUACAUCUCGCUGACUUCCAUCAUCCUUGUGGAUCUGCUGGGUUUGGACAAGCUGACGAAUGCGUUCGGUCUUCUGAUCUUGUUCCGUGGCGCUGCCGCCAUCAUCGGUUCGCCGCUGGCAGGCGCCGUAUAUGACGCAACUAAAAGUUAUGACGCUUCCUUCUAUAUGGCUGCUGGGUUCUUUUUGGCGGCAAGCCUUACUUCGUUCACAUCGCCUUUGUUCCGCAGGAAACAGGAAGAGAUCCAACAGCCGCUAGAUGUUCUGACGCCCAUCGACGAGGAUCUGGAGGAAGACGAGGAGGAGGAUCCUGAUGAUACUCCUAUAACCAUGGGCGCCCAUUUGGCCUCGCGACCUCCCGCCAUCACCCGCACUGCUGCUUCCCCAUCAGACCCACCUAGCCCCGCCAGCCCUGCCAGUUCUACCAACCCCAACCCUAAACAGGACACACCCCCUGAAUUAUCGCAGCGGGAGAGCGUACUCUAAACAGAACGGAAACUAGAAAGCUAAGUAACUGAAAUUUUUGUAAUUUCGAGACUUAAACUUUCCCGUUUAGUACACAUUAUUAAUAUAGUUAAACGAGUUUUAACACGGAUAGUUUUAUGGUAUAUAUAUAGGUUACGAAACAUAGUUAAGCAAGGAAACGAUGAGAGAAGUAAAUACCUUUAUUUAUCAUAACAUUAUUCGUCUUAAAUCCGUUUAAGUAUAUAAAUUCUAUUACCUUAUGGACAAAAAAGUUACUAUUGAUUAAUUGAUAAACAGACAGGAUAUUAAUUUCCAAUAGACACAACGCCUCGCAAAUACAAAUAUUUUAGAUACUUAGUUCUUGAUGUACAAGGAGAAGGUCAAAAGCCACGUUAAAAGUUAUAGAUAACUCAGCCAGCAGUUUUUAUCUUUAUGAAUUACGUUUAAUUGAUAGGGAAGUGUACCCGCUCGAAUUUUUACGGUUAUUAAAGGUUAAUUUGUUUUAUCUAAAUAUAUUAAGAAUGUUUCACUCUAAUUAUGACAUUAAUUGAAUCAUGACAGUUGACUUCAAUUUGUGACAUGUAAAUAUAAAAAAAAUAUAAUUGAAUUAUAUAUUUUAAUAAAUGCGGACAAAGACAGAUCAAUCAACUUAUUUUUGUAUUUUAUACGAUAGUCUGUAAACUUUUAACGUGGGUUGGAGUAUCGUCAGGUGUCAAGUAUUCAGAUCCUUUCUGUUUCUAUGAACGUUAAUAUUUUAUUGAAAUGAUCCUUAUUUUUAUAUAGCUAGAGUGUAGAAUAUUUUUAAAGAUCGCAAGGGAGAAUAGGACGUAGAAACUGUCUCUGUCUCUCAGGAACGUUCUUGGAAAUAGAAACGCGUUGAAGUACUUCACACGUAUGUGUGGCUCUGAAUAGCAAAAUUCGUUUGAACCUUUAGUAAUGGUCGUCAAUAAAUUAAAUUAAUUAUACGAUCUCAUUAUAUUGAAGGCUAUAUCCUAAAGGUGACUCGAAAUGUUACUUCCCAUUAGGUUCAAUGAAUAAGUGAUAUAUUAGUAAGGCAAUGUACAGUAACUGGUUAAUAAAGGAUGCAAAGGGAUACAUUAAAACUCAAUAGAGUUAAAGACAAGAUUUUACUGCCGUAAAUAAUCCUUAUGACUUAUGUUUAUGCUGUCCUAUAAAACUGACAAUCAUAGUCGGUAUUAUACUCCUGAUGUAUUUAUUCGUCACGAUGAGCCAACUGACCCGACUUCAUACUCAUUCUAUCAUCCUAGCCCUAGCCCUAGUAGCUAGCGUAAAUGCCACAAUAUUCUAUAUGUAUCUCAAACAACGAAUCACAUUUGUGCAUAAAUUUGUAUCCAAAAUUCUCUUUUUGUAUAAACACGAACGGAUAGCAUUAAACAGGAGGUAUUAAAAGUUAUCGCACAUACAAUACUACUCAUUAGAAUUAACUCAAAAAAUACAAAUUUUGGGAUUUCUACUUUAAUAGAUUUUAAUUUAAAGUUGCUUUACCAAAGUUUAUAGGUUUUGAGAUAAUGCCGUGUAUUAUUUAGCUUUAGAUAUAUCAAGGGAAUGAUUUGUGAUUCAGAGUUUUAAUGUUUUCUGUUAAGAUUUUACGGUAGUAAAAUGUUGUCUUGUGGUGUUAAUUGAAGUUACCAUAUGGACCUUGAAUUGACUGCAAGCAAUAAGCGCAUAUUAAGAUUGCUACGCAUUUGAAUAAUUGUGGGGAAAUUAUAAUGAACUGUAUGUUCUUUAUUCCAAUGUGCCAUAUAGUUUGUCGUGGUGCUACGGUCAAUAUUGUCAAAAUGAAAGUGUCAUUACAAAUUUAUUAAUACUCAAUGUUUAAUCACACACUAUUCAAUAAACAAUAGCAAUAAUGUGAGUACUUGGGCUAUAAGUACUUAAUCAGUUGAAUUAAUAUGACGGGAUUACAUGAGAACGCAAGUUUCGUAAUGAACAAUGAAACUACAACACAAACAAUCAGCUCAAGACAGAUAAAUUCAAAUUGACUCCGAAUUUUCUCAAUAUUAUAAUAAAAUGUUUCUGUAAAUGUUUUGAAAAAAAAAACUAUUAUGCACUCCUGUAAAUAAACACUGUUAGAUAUAUAACAGAUAGAACUAUUUUCUGAUUAAUGAAAUAAUAUAUAACUGUCUAGGUAUUUUCUCUCUCAAACCACUUUCUAUAAGCUACCGAAUUUCCUAUAUAUGAUGUUAUGGAUGAUAUUGAAAUUCAGAAGUGAAGUACUUUACUUCUAAUAUUCAAAUAUUUUAAUUUUAUAUUAAAUUCGGAAUGUUCAAGAUCGAAAUAAAUAAAAUAUACAAUGAUUGUAUACGUUUUUCUAUUGAAAAUAAUGUAUAGUUUUCACAUGUUGUAAGUUACAUCGACAAAAAUCGUAUCCGAUAAAAGGAAAACUAACACGGAAUUAUAACGAUUUUAAAAUCCAAUAAAUGGACGUUGUUAGAUAUAAGAAUAAAAAUGGAACUACACUAUUACUAGUGUUAUAUCGGUCGUGUAUUGAAAGUUAUUCAAAUGUCAUUAUUACCGGACAUGGCAGACAUCUUUAUAUGGAUUGGCCGAUAAAAGCUAAAAGAUUAAAUAUGUCAACUGUGUAGGUUGUCGUAACUUGGCCCGAGUGCAUACUAGGCUGCAGGAUACCAGGCGCGUAACGCAGUGCAGGAAAGAAACAGUCUAGUGUCGCAGUGUGAUAGUCUAGUAUAAACACGACGAGAUUUGAACAAGAUCUUUGAGUGAUAAAUUGCUACGUGAGAAGGCUAGUUGGGUUAGAGAGAAUGCUAUAUUAACCUGUCGCAUAGGAGCUCUUACUCAUCGGCUACCAAUUGUUAUUGCGUAUACGAUUUUACACGACGAGACCGAAUAUAAAGAAGUAAAGAACGAAAUUUAGUCAACUGCUUAAUGCGUCUUGAUCUUGUUAACGUAGUCGAUAUGGGACUAUUUGCAUUCACAGCUUGGAUUCUAACUUUCAUAUGAAAAUAUAUUACAAAAUUUGUAUUUGCCUUUCUCUACCUACAGUCCCAAAUGUGCACCCGGGCAUAAACAUGUUAAUACUGUACUUCUGUGAAAUUGUGUUCGUAUUAUACAUCUACUUUAAUGUUGCUAAAUUAUACACAUUUUCAUAUGCGUCUAUCAGAGUAAUUAAUUAAGAAAGUAAUUAGAUAAU